UCUGACAUUUGAGAAACAUAAUGGCGGACUUCUUGGAAGAAGUUUGAGUAAAAGGGUGGUCGUUUUCUCUUAUUUUGAAGCAUAGCGAGUAUGCCUGGUAGCGAUAGGAAAAAUCGUAGGCGUCGAAGUAGGAGCAGAUCUCGUUCUCCUGGUCGAAAACGCAGAAGCCGUACUCAUUCGCGAUCUCCACGACGCAGGCACAAAGAUCGUUCAUCUUCACCAGCAGAUCGUACUCGGGAAAAUGUUGUAGCGAAAAAGAAGACUGUCGACAGAGAAGAGGAGAAACGAAGUAAAAGGAAAGAAAAAGAACUUUUGAAAGCACUAGAAACACCUGAAGAGAAACGAGCGAGGAGACUUGCCAAAAAGGAAGCAAAAGAGAAAAAGAAAAAGAAAGAAAUGGGAUGGGAUGACGAAUAUCUGGGAUAUACAAACACUGAUAAUCCAUUUGGAGAUGCUCAUUUGCUUGAAACUUUUGUAUGGCAAAAGAAGAGAGAAAAGGAUGGAGAACAGCAUUUAAAAGAAGAAGAGCAAAGAAGAAUAGAAAAGCUAAGACAACAUGAAGCUAAGAGAGAAUUGGAAAAAGUGAAAAAGCGGAGGAUUGAAAGGGAACAUGAAAAGCAGAUGCGAGAGGAGGAAAGGGAAACACUUCAAAGGGAUAAAGAAGCAAUGUCUUUUAAGGAGUGGGAAGAGCAGGAGGAUAAGUUUCACUUGGAACAGGCAAAGCUGCGCUCAAAAAUUCGCAUUCAGGAUGGAAGAGCCAAACCCAUUGAUCUGCUAGCACAAUAUGUCGGUACUGAAGUUAAUGACUUGGAAAUUCAAAUGCAUGAACCUUACACAAUUCUAGUGGGACUCACAAUAGAUGAUCUGGAGGACUUGAUGGUAGAUAUUAAGGUGUACAUGGAGUUGGAGGAGGGGAAGAAUGCAGAAUUUUGGAUGGACAUGACAGUUGUUUGUAGAGAUGAGCUUCAAAAAUUAAAGAAAGAAGAUCCAAGGUACAGUGAACAUAUGGAUCGACGAGAGAGUAUAAAUGCCUCUGUCAAUAAAGAUGUAACAAACAUUUUUGGUGGAAAAACUUACAGUCAGCUUUUAGCUUUGCAAAAGCAGAUCAACCAAAAGAUAGCAAGUGGAGAUGCAGUGGAUAUAGGUUAUUGGGAAACUUUACUGCAUCAGUUAAAGGCACAUAUAGCAAGAGCAAGGCUGAGGGAAUUUCAUCAAACAAUGCUAAGGAAAAAGUUAGAUGAACUGAAAAAACAGAAAUUGGAGAUGGCUAGCCAGUCAAAAGAUGAAAGCUCUGAGUCAGAACAAGGCUCUGAUGAUGAAGAAAGAGGUAACAAAUCAGACUCUAAUACAGAGCCAAAUGAAAACCCUGACCAUGGCAGUGAAGCAAAAGAAUCUGCAGAACAAGAGAAAGUGGCAGCAACUGGAGGGGCAGAGACAAAUGCAAGUGUUUACACAGAACUGGAUCUUACAGAGGAAGGUUAUACAGCAUAUGAUGCAGGCAAUUACAGUCCCAGAUUGUUGAAGUUUCAAGACGUUGAAGAGGGUAUGAUUGUUGAUCCAACAGAGGAUUGGGAGCAACUUGAAAUAUUAAGACAAGAAGUCUCAAGUGGCGGAACAGCAGAUGUGGACAAGAGUGCAGCGUCAGCAGGAAUGGUUGCAGCAGAAGCUAGUAAAGGCAUGGGAGCUGAUGAAGAAUCAUUUAAUGUUCCUGUUCCUGUCACGCAAAAGACAUACCUAUGGUCAGACAAGUACAGACCCAGAAAACCAAGAUUCUUUAACAGAGUUCACACUGGAUAUGAAUGGAAUAAAUACAAUCAGACUCAUUAUGAUAGUGAUAAUCCACCACCCAAAAUUGUACAAGGAUACAAGUUUAAUAUAUUUUAUCCUGAUCUCAUCAAUAAACAAGAAGCACCAGAAUACUUUUUGGAACAAAGUCCAGGAGAUUCAAAAGACUUUGCUAUUCUCAGGUUUCAUGCAGGACCCCCAUAUGAGGAUAUUGCCUUCAAGAUUGUCAACCGCGAAUGGGAGUAUUCUCAUCGUCAUGGAUUCCGCUGCCAAUUUCAAAACAAUAUUUUCCAACUCUGGUUUCAUUUUAAGAGAUAUAGAUAUCGAAGAUAGCAGGCACCUCAUUUUUGUCUUUUUCUUUUAGAUGUCGUAUUAGCACUAAUAACCUGUCACAUUUUCCUUUUAGAAUUGUGAACAUUUUCUUUCAAGUGUAAGAAAUACAACAAACUGAACAAACUUGUAAAUGAAGUAACAUCAUUGAUUAAAUACUCUCAUGUGGCCACUUCAUGCUUGUGUGCUAGCGUUAGUUAGUCAUGGAUGUAUAGUUUAGUAAUUGAAUUGUUGCAUUCACAUUGUAAAAUAUAUGUAACUACCUGUAGCUUCUCUCUCUUCUCUUAGAGGUCUGUCAUUUACUGGCGGGCAUGGGGGUCUGGUGUAAGUGGGGUGGAGGGUCAUUAAAUUUUUUUGCAGCCAGAAAGGGAAGGGUCACAAACAUUUUUGCAGAGCUUUGGGCAGUUUCAUGUAUCUCUUUUGGACCAUUUUGGCAGGUCCUCUGAUUGGAUAAAGGCUUGCUUAUUGCAUACAUUAGAGGUUUGAUAGCUUGAACUUCGACGGAAAAUUGUAAAAUGUUCAAGUUGUUGAGUACAGGUGAUUGGAAACAAGGAAAAGUAUUACAGUUAUUAAGUUUUGAAAUCAAAUUAGCACAAUCCAGUGCUAAUUAGCAAGGAUUUGAGUUGAUAAGGAUGCUGUGGAAAUUCAAUACAGGUGAUUUCCAUGAAAGUCAAGUACAAAGAAACAGAACUCAUGACAAUAAUUUCACUUUUUUUAUGAACAAAUUUACAUGGCAGGUAAAUAAUGCAUGACAUCUUUAGUGCAUUUAAGAUUACUCCUCUUGCAUCAAUUACAGAUAACAUAUUGUCAGGGAAAGGCACUCCUUUAAGUAAUAACUUAUAUGAUUUUUGGAACAUUCAAUUAAUGUGUUGUAUAUUUUCAAAUCAAAGAGGCAAGUGUUGAGACACACUGAAAAUGAUUAGCAAUUAGUAUUGAGGUAUUAGAUUUGCAAAACAAUAAUCCUGAUCCCAAUUAAAUUAUUUUUUUAAAUUUAGUAUCAAAUUUAGCAGUAUAUGAAUCAAAAGUUGUGGCUUUACUGCAACUCUUAAAACUUACGGCUCAACAAAAAGAUUAAAAAAGGAUCCAGAAAAAGUUUCAAGCUUGAGUUUAAAACAAGAAUGUUUCAGGUUUGUUUGGGGGCUAAAUUGCCAGUAAAAAAAGGAUGAAAACAAAAUGAAAAGGAAUAAAAAAAUGAACUGGGAAUUUGAGGUAAAUGUUUAGUCUGUCACAUCAAUGAUAAGAGGUGUGAUGAAUUCACUGUGACGGAUUCCAAGUGAAAAAUUCGGGGCUGAUGGUUUGUUUAUGUACACCUUCUCAGGGCUGUGGGCUCCAGGUCCAGGCUUUUGAGUGGAAUCUAUAGAGGAAGAGAGUAAGUGAGUGUUGUUGUC